AUGAAAUUCGCCGAGCAUCUCUCCGCACACAUCACACCGGAAUGGCGCAAGCAGUACAUCAAUUACGAGGAAAUGAAAGCGAUGCUUUACACCGCCAACGAGGAGGCACCGGCCCUCGACAGCGUGGAGGAGGACGUACGAAAGCGCCACUUUGCCAACUUUGACGAAAACUUCUACCACUACUGUGAUCAGGAGCUGAAGAAGAUCAACACGUUCUACUCGGAGAAGCUGGCGGAGGCGACGCGAAAGUAUGCCGCCCUUAUCACGCAGCUGCGGACAACGCUCGAGAGCCAACAGAAGAGCAAGAGCAAGGGCCACAGCCACAAACCGAUCAAUUUGCCGUACCGGAAGGCACAGGAGCUUAAGCUCGCGUUCAGCGAGUUCUACCUCAGCCUGAUACUGCUGCAAAACUAUCAGAACCUCAACCACACCGGUUUCCGCAAGAUCCUGAAGAAGCACGACAAGAUACUUGCGUCCGACAAUGGCGCCCACUACCAGAAGGAAAACGUGGAAAUGAGCCACUUUUUCGUCAACAAGGACAUCGACAAGCUGAUCAACGACACGGAAACGACGGUCACGUCGCAGCUCGAGGGUGGCGAUCGGCAGCGGGCGAUGAAACGGCUGCGGGUGCCACCAUUAGGCGAACAGCAGAGUCCCUGGACCACAUUUAAGGUUGGCCUGUUCAGUGGCAGCUUCGUGGUGCUAUUUGUUGCCGUCAUCCUGUCGGCCAUCUUCCACGAUGGCGCCUCGAGCGAGAAUCUCAAAAUCGCCUUCCGGCUAUACCGUGGCCCGUUGCUGCUGAUCGAGUUUAUCUUUCUGAUUGGCGUGAACAUCUACGGUUGGCGGUCGUCUGGCGUUAAUCAUGUGCUUAUAUUCGAGCUGGACCCACGCAACCACCUUUCCGAACAGCACCUUAUGGAGAUGGCGGCCAUCUUUGGUGUGGUGUGGACGCUCAGCCUGCUGAGCUUUCUGUACAGUGCCAGCUUGAGCAUACCGCCGUACGUUAACCCGCUGCUGAUGACCGGGAUCAUGAUCGGUUUCCUUAUUAACCCGCUGCGGGUGUUUCGCUACGAGGCGCGCUUUUGGUUGCUGAAGACCGUCGGUCGGAUGGUGGCCGCACCGUUCUUUCACGUCGGUUUCGCUGAUUUCUGGCUGGCGGAUCAGCUGAACAGCCUUGUUACAGCGUUGUUGGAUUUUCAGUUCCUAACAUGCUUUUACGUAACCAACGGCAACUGGUUGGAGGCAGGCAAUACCCGCCAAUGUAUGGAAGAAAGCUACAUCAUCCGGCCUUUGGUGAACUGCUUACCGGCAUGGUUCCGAUUUGCGCAAUGUCUACGACGUUACAGGGAUUCUCGGGAAGCGUUCCCGCAUCUGGUAAACGCUGGCAAAUAUGCAACUACAUUUUGCGUUGUUAUAUUCGCCACCUUACGUUCCGCGAAUGCUUCCAAAUACGAAGACUCUUCGGAGAACGUAUUUCUUUGGUUGUGGCUUCUGAGUUCCGUCGUUUCGUCCUGUUAUGCGUACUCUUGGGACAUCAAAAUGGAUUGGGGGUUGUUCGAUAAAAAUGCGGGAGAAAACACGUUUCUACGUGAAGAGAUCGUCUAUUCGAUGCCGUUUUUCUACUACUUCGCCAUCAUUGAGGAUCUGGUUCUGCGCUUCGUUUGGAUUCUAACGUAUGCGCUUACGGAGAAUAAGCUUGUCAGCGGUGAUCUUAUGACUUCGAUCCUCGCGCCACUGGAAGUGUUUCGUCGUUUUGUGUGGAACUUCUUCCGCCUCGAGAACGAACAUCUCAACAACUGCGGUAAGUUCCGUGCCGUGCGAGACAUUUCUAUUGCUCCGAUAGACUCGAACGAUCAAGUGAUCAUAUUGAAAAUGAUGGACGAAGAGGAUGGCGUUGUUAAUCGGUACACUAAACACAACCGACCAAAGCCUAAAAAAGUGAAAGACGACCGAAGACCAUUGCUGCCCGCGUUUAAGGGUACGCACGAAGCCACCCCAACGGAUGCCACCAGCACCAAGAAUGUUUAA